AUGGCGUCGGCGCUCUUCUUCCUCGACCUCAAGGGCAAGACCCUGCUUGCCCGCAACUACCGUGGUGACAUCCCCAUGUCGGCUGUGGAAAAGUUCCCCAUCCUCCUCUCCGAUGCUGAAGAAGAAUCCUCCGCCGUGCCCCCUUGCUUCUCCCACGAAGGCAUCAACUACCUCUAUAUCCGCCAUAAUAACCUCUACCUGCUCGCCCUCACCAAGCGCAACACCAACGCCGCCGAAAUCAUCCUCUUCCUACACAAGAUUGUCGAGGUCUUUACAGAGUACUUCAAGGCCCUCGAGGAGGAGUCGAUCCGCGACAACUUUGUCAUCAUCUACGAGCUGCUCGACGAGAUGAUGGACUUCGGCUACCCGCAGACCACCGAGUCCAAGAUUCUGCAGGAAUACAUUACCCAAGAAUCCCACAAACUCGAGAUUCAGGCCCGCCCGCCCAUUGCCGUCACCAAUGCCGUGUCGUGGCGCUCCGAGGGCAUUCGAUACCGCAAAAACGAAGUCUUCCUCGACGUCGUCGAGAGCCUGAACCUGCUCAUCGGCUCCAACGGCAACGUGCUGCGCAGCGAGAUCCUCGGCGCUAUCAAGAUGAAGUGUUACCUCAGCGGCAUGCCAGAGCUGCGCCUCGGACUCAACGACAAGGUCAUGUUCGAGACGACGGGCCGCUCCACUCGCGGCAAGGCCAUUGAGAUGGAGGACGUCAAGUUCCACCAGUGUGUGCGCCUCGCGCGCUUCGAAAACGACCGCACAAUCUCCUUUAUCCCCCCCGACGGCGAGUUCGAGCUCAUGUCGUACCGCCUCAACACACAUGUCAAGCCGCUCAUCUGGGUCGAGUGCGCCGUCGAGUCGCACUCAGGCUCCCGCAUCGAGUACAUGCUCAAGGCCCGCGCCCAGUUCAAGCGCCGCAGCACCGCCAACAAUGUCGAGAUCAUCGUCCCCGUCCCCGACGACGCCGACUCCCCGCGCUUCCGCACGAAUAUCGGCUCCGUCCACUACGCACCCGAGCAGAGCGCCAUUGUCUGGAAGAUUAAGCAGUUUGGUGGUAACAAGGAGUUUCUCAUGCGUGCCGAGCUCGGCCUGCCCAGCGUCCGUGGUGACGAUGACACUGGUGGUGGCAUGACGGGCGGCUUUGGCGGCAGCAUGGGUGGCAUGGGCAGCAAGGGUGCCAAGAGACCGAUCCAGGUCAAGUUUGAGAUUCCAUACUUUACGACGAGUGGCAUCCAGGUCCGCUACCUGAAAAUCACAGAACCAAAGCUGCAAUAUCCCUCGCUUCCUUGGGUACGAUACAUAACACAAUCUGGCGACAUUGCUGUGCGACUACCAGACGCCAUCUGA